CAUCAUAUAAAGUUUAUAUUUUUUUACUUGAAAUAAAAUUAUAUUUUAAAACAUUUAAAUUGCAAAUUUAUUCUAAUGAAUUUUAAUUUGAUUCAGUUUCCAUUAAAUAUAUUUGAUAUCAAAAUAAAUAUUAAGUUUGCAACCUAAUAUACAUCUAAUCAUCGUUUCUUGAAAUUGUAACCUACAAAUUCAUCACCGGUUGUGUAAAUAACCGACUUCUAUCAUCUAUUACACGCGAUAAACAUUAAAAUAAAGUGCUUAAGUGUAAGAUGGAGGACUUACAACGUAAAAUAUUUAGUGCUCUACAAGAGAAUGACUUGGAUAAAGCCAACAAUGAUAUGUGCCUAUUCUGCAGCACGUUAUCUGAGGACCUCAGCUCAUCAUCAAUAGAUGCAUACAUCAGUCUAUUCUUUACUAAAGGUGCCAGUGUCAUGACAUACCUACAGAAAGUAUUUGAUGCCAACACUUCCAACAAUUUCAAUGAAUACCAAUCGAUCACAUCAUGUUUGAGCCUCAUUUACAUGCUAUUAAAAAACUUCCCUGCACAAAUGUCUGAUCACAUUUCUUCCAUCAUCACAAUGAGUUGUGUUAUGAUAUCUGAACCGAGAUAUUCCAAAUUUAAGCAAAGAAAUGCCGAAAUUUUAUAUUUAAUUAUUUCAUCCAAAGAAAUCGAAGUAGAUGAGAAAUUCACCGUGUUUAUUUACGGAAAGAUAAAGACUAGAUUAAGCAAUGAUAAAUCUACAUAUGCGUUAGCUAUUUACAUUCAAAUAAUGGGCGCUUUCACUGGUAAUAAAUACAUGAAACUAAAAAUCGAAGAAAUAGCAAAUAUCAUCUUGAAUUUUAUUAAAAACAUCCCGGGGCACAAAACAGGCGUGCAAAGUUUACUGCAGGGUGGAUAUAAUGCAGCACAUGAACUCAUGGCCCACACAGAAUUCACAAGUGAACAAAUUCUAUUAUUAUACCAAUAUAUGAAAAGAGAUGUUUUAUUCAAUGAAGAUCUUGGACGUAGGCAAGGUUCACGAGCUGUUGUUGAUUUCACAGCCGCAAAUUCAGAAAGUUUCGGGACUUGCAUCCAAAACGACGUACAAAUAUGGACAGAUAUGUUAUAUUCGUGGUUCAAUUCACAAUCAAACGAUGAUUCUAAAUCUGGAUAUGAAGCAUUGAUAUCAGUCUACAGAGCUGUUGGUAAUGCUUGGUCACAAACCGAAGAUUACCCUCAAUAUUUCCCAACAAUGCUUGACAACGCAAAAGAAAUAUUAGAAAAGAAUAACAAUGACAAUGAAACUAAACUGGCAAUUUAUACGAUAGGUUUUCUUGCACCAACAGCAGCGAAAUUCAUGACAAUGAAAAACUUUCGUGAUUUAUUCUUGUUUCUUCUGCAAAGAAUUGAAUAUUUGAUUUUUGUUAAAACAGACAGUAAUGCGAAUGUCCUCACAGCGAAUUCAUGCGAUUACGUUGAGGCAAUUUCUCCGUUUCUAGAAACACUUAAAACCGACAUUCAACUACACAUUAAUCAAUUCAAACGUGUUACAAUCAUUCUAAUCAAAAUGUUUCCUAAUAUUUUAGUUAAAAAACACGAUAUUGUUGUCAAAACUCUACGUAGUAUGUUUAAAAGUAUUUCAAGCAAUGCUGUAUUCCAUGAUUUUGUUAAAGACGUCGUGAAACAAGGUGUAAUUUGGACGUGUUCACAUCAUUUAGCGGAAGAAGUCGAAAUUUUAAACCUGGAUGAAGUUACUUAUAAAAAAUACUUACCACUUUGGCAAGGUAUACUUCACAAUUCAAAUAAACCCGUUUUGGAAGAUACACAGAAAGAAUUAUGGAAUCAAUUGAUAAAAAAUCUUUUAUAUAUGAGUGAUAAGUUAGAUUUGAGGAUAUUAAUUGAUGUUAGUGAUAAUUCUGACCAAAUGCAACCGCAAAAAUGUAAUGAUUUGGUUAUUUUUGCGAAUUUAUCAGAUUUUUACUGCGAUUUAUUGAAUUUUGCGAAUGCAGAGUGUAUGAAACCUUGGUUGGACACUCUAUGUGACCACAUGAUAAGAAAAUCAAUGCAAUUGCCUUUAAUCAGUGGAUUUUAUAAAAUAAUGGCGACCGUAAUGAAGUUAUUCGAUAAAGUAGACCAUUUCCAUCAAAAACGCGUCGAUCAAAAGGAACACGUGCGUGUAACUUAUGAAAAUGUAAAGAAUUACUUUCAACAUACCUUGAAACAAGUCCACCGCUUCAAGAACGAUCUUCAAAUGUCUUGUGUGUUGUUAAUAUUGCAUAUGCCGAUGUCAAUAGUCAAAUCAAUCCAUUAUGAUUACAGUGGAUUUUUCAUAGCGGCGUUUAAACUCGGCCAACAUAACUUUUCAUUGGCUAAUGAAGCAUUGGAUACAUUAUCAAAGUGGUAUCAUCAGUUGCCUGAAGAUGUGUCUUUUGAUUUAUUAAAGAAAGUUGUACCGUGUUUGGAUGCGUACUUACGAAAUCAGUUUGUUGUUGGUGAUAGUUUUCAUGUUGAAGGGCGUAAAUUGAAGAAGUAUAGCCAGAGAAAGCUGGAUGUUGAAGUAGAGCCGGAAUUAGUACAAUUACAGCAUAAAGUGUUGAAGUUCUUGGCGAUUGUACCAAAUGAAAUCUGUUUGGAGUUGAAUUCGAUUAGUGGUGGUUUGAAAUUGACGAAAAGUGAUACGAAAUUGUUGAAAGUUAACUUACCAUUUGCGGAGAGGUGUUUGAGUUUGUAUUUGGAUCCAUUCUUGGAUAGAGUUUUGAUUUUGAGCAUUGAAUGUACCGAUAGAAAGGUUAGGAUCACCGCUUGUGAGCUGCUACAUUCGAUUGUCAUCGUGUUUCUGGGCACAAGUAAACUUGCAUCCAUACAGAAUAGUGCAAAUGAAUCGGAUCCACAAUUGGAGCGGAUAUUAUCCGCCAUUUUGCGACUAGCGAGCGAUCAAGACACUACAGUUGUUUCCCUUUUCAACCCUCUUUUACUACAGAUGGCGCAUUGGUAUGCACAUCCUCUACAUACAAAUUCAACACACGCGGAAAUUUUUAUUAAAACUCUAAUGGAUGGCGUUUCAAAUGAAAAUGACGGUGCAGUCCGCGACAUAUCCGGGAACAUUCUGCGAGAAUUCAUAGCUUGGACACGCAAACAAAACUCGAAAAUGUCACUCAAGAUUAACAUAAACAACGUGAAACUAAUCAUUGCGUAUCUAAUACAAUUUUGUCUGCAUCCAGACGAAGCUAAACGUUUUGGUGCAACUGUAAUCUUCAAUAAUAUCUACCGUGAACUCCGCGAAGAAGAUACUUUUGUAGAUUUCUUCUGGUUGGAGAUUUUGUACGCGUUUGUGAUGAAUUUAUCACUAGUAACACCAGCGACAAAUGAUAAUAAUCUACUGAAUGAAAUCAAUUUGUGUUUGGACCGUGUAACCCGUUGCCUUCUUCAGAAACACACAUUAUUCACCAGGGUGACAACAGAGCGUAGAACACCACCGAAAUUUAACGGUAAUACAUUCGAUGAUGCAGCUUUGUUUCUUCUGCAACACACCUGGCAAAUCAACACACAUUGCCGCACGAAAUGUAUGGAAAUAUUCAAGAAGUUACCAUCGGAGACUUUGGUGAAAGCACUGGGGCAUUAUGAUAUGAAUUGUUACAUGCAUGACUUGCACACGACGCCAUUUUUUCACUAUGUGACAAGUAUAGAGGAUGUUUUGAGAUAUUUUGCAAGUUUAACUUGUUUUAUUGAUGGAUAUAUUUUUAUUACGGAAUUAUCACCGAGUUUUGACCACUCUGAGAAUAUAAUAUGGUCUAUACUAGAUAAAUUAAUAGAAGAUGAUUUUAAAAAGACGAGUUUAAAGGAUAUUCAGAAGUCACUCGAUGUAAAAAAUGAUGUUUUGGUGCGAAGGAUCAAAGAUGAGUUUGUUUACUACCGUGCGAAACUAGUUGAAAAGAUACUUUCACUUUAUGAAGUUGCAAAUAGCGAGGUGAUUAAUGAAAACGUCUGGAAUUUCCUGGCGGAUUUCAUUUUUGACUAUCACAAGUUGGGAUUGAUUGAUUUAACCCACAAAAACUGGGAAGAUAGAGCUACUAAACUGAUAAAAUUGUUUAUGGAUACGACAAAAUUUAAUUCCAUCACUGUACAAGUGUUUGCUUUGACUUGUAAAUGCGCCAUUUCAAAAAUAGUCGAAAUGGAGAAUCAUCUAAGUCCAGAUUCUGAAGUGGAAUGGUCUAAUCGACAAAUAUUGAAAGGAUUGAUUGUUUUACAACGUAUUGAUAAACAUAACGAACUAGAACUACCACAAGUUAUUAAUUCAUCACCUUUGGCCACCAUUCUCAAUGUAUUAAGGUUAGAUAAGAUGGAAGACGAUGAAAUAUCAACAAUCACAAAAUUAAAAGACUCCCAACGGGAAUAUUUCACGUUGAAACUUGAAAUGAUGUUGGACGAAGCCCAUAAUCCCGAUUACAAUCAAGAUUUUGAUUUGUUAUUGAAAUCUUUAUGUUGUGAACAAUUGGUUUACAGUACCGAGUCGAAUACUACACUCCCACAAGGUGUUGUUAUAUUUUUAUUGUUUAAGAAAACAAUUCUCAAACACACUGUACAAGAAAAUCGACUUUUUACUACACUAGGAACAAUUGCAAAUGAAUCCAGUAUUGAACUCCGUGUGAAAUAUUUCAAAGAAUAUUUAAAAUAUAUUUAUAACACACCAGUACUAAAAAAUAAUCAUCAAAUUAAAGAAGAACUAGUAAAAAGUAUAGAAUAUAUUUGGCCUAGGAAGCAAGCUGAUAUAGAAAUGUUAUCAGACGCGGAUUGCAUGGAGUUAAUCUAUGAUCUGCGAUUGAUUGUGGAUGAAUUGUCGUGUUUGACAAUGUUAGACACAGUAGCGGCCAUUUUGAAACGCAAGCAAGUCUCAGACACGCAGCAAGUUCAUCAUCUCACACAAGUCGUGCGUGUGUUGGGAAUGGUUGCACCACGAGGGAUAUCCUUAGACAUUGCAAGAGUUUUGUAUGAAAUGAAAGCAGAUAAUUUGGUUUAUUUUCAAGCACAGACUAAACGUGUCACUACCACAUUGUUUAUCAAGACUUUGUUUGACGCUACACAUUAUUCUUACUGUUUAAACUUCUUUAUCACUGCGUUGGACUUUUAUAUCAUCCUAGAGAAUGAUUUUGAAGUAGACACAGCGUUUUGCAAGGAAUUCAUGAGUAAACUUCCAAAAGAUUUACAAGCACCGUUGAUAAAUGAAAUUUUUGGCAUUGACAAUGAGUACACAUUCAAACAACGGAUUGUAUUGGCGUUAUGCUUGUGUAAUAUAAUGGCAUAUUGUGAAUAUGAAGUGUUUGAGGACUUUUAUGUCAGAAAUAUCAGUAUUAUCUUGGAAGGAUUUAGUAUGGAUUCAGUUAUGAGCAAAACAGUGUCUUGUAUUAUGUUGAAUAGAUUGUUUGGUAACAUAAACGUCGAUAACUUUGCCAAUUUAACGUGCAAGAUCACCAAAGCUGCUUGUGCGACUGUAAACACCGGAAGGGAGCUGAUUUCACGCGUUGCUACUAUUCUAAUCAGCAUUGUCAAGGAUCAUUUCAAUCCUGGUGAUGAUCCGGAAGAGUUUCGUUUGUAUCAGUGCUAUGCCUACAAUGCAUUUGCAACUUUUGUGUGCAAUGCACGAAUGAAUAAAGAAUUCUACAGUAAAUUAUUUAUUCGUUUAGGCAGUGAUGGAGAAGACAUUUUAUGGACUAAACUUGUACCACUGCAGAAAUCUUAUGAUUUCGAAAUAGUAGCUGAUGACAUUCCGAAGAAAAAGAAGACUUUGUCAGAUAUAAGGACACAGAUUACAACUGAUAUUAAACCAACUGAAUAUAUUGAAAGUCAAAAUUUGUUUCUGAGUACUCUAGCUGAAGAUAUUACUAAUUAUGACUUUACCAAUGUCUGCGUACGGUAUGAAGAAGGCAAUAGACUUGAUACAUAUAGAAACGAUGCAAUGGCAUUGGAAAUUUACGAUGAAGACAUCAACAAACACGAAUGUAUGCUGCAAAUUUGCGCUGUGAUCAAACACAUGUACGAACACGACUUGUUACAAGCUGAUGUACCACCCAAAUGGGUUUAUGAUUUUACAAGUAUGUUAUUCAAGGGCAACACAGCGGUAAACAUCCGGCAAUACCUCUGCAAAGUUAUAGAAAACUCUCAGGAGUAUCUGAAACAAUAUGCGCACAUUUUAAUCCCCGGUGUGAUUCGUACAAUUUGCGAAACUUGCAAAGGUUUGAAUAGUCUUGCGAGUGAUUGUGUUGUUAUGUUGUUAACAACUUGGAGUGAACAUUCACCAUGCCGGCAUGAUGUGCAAACAUUAAUUCAAUAUUUGAUGAUUAACUUAUGGAAUUAUCGCACGGAUGUCUUUAAAUAUAACGUUAAUCUGUUGAAAACCACGAUUGAGACUUAUAAAACGUUUGAAUUACCCGAUGGAUUCUUAACUACACUGUUUGCUGAUAAUGUGGAGUGUAAAUCGAACAAGUCUGUCAUUCAUAUCAUCAAUAUAUUGCUUGUGAAUAACAUUUCACCAUUUCCAAGCAAAUUGAAGACAUUCUGUACUAAAAUGUGUAAAUUAUUGACUUGUACUGAUCGGUUGAUUUAUACUGCAACAGCGGAGACAUUGGGUUUAGCUUUGAAGUUUUUGGACGAAAAUGGACACAGCAGUUUGACGCCAUUUAAAAAAAUGGUAACUGAUGAGUUGCAGGCUAUUUGCAGCAGUAAAGAUAAUGCAAAAGGGAAGACGUUUGUUUAUAUCUUAGAAAGUGUUGUCAAAAACUAUCCGGAUAUAUCUGCGACACUUUUAACGUCGAUUGAAAGACUGAUUGCUUAUAGAACUUGCACAGAAAUAAGCAAAACAGCGUAUUUGAGGAUUUAUUUAAAGUGUAUUGAUAGAGUUUGUGAAACUGGAUUGAUAAAUAGAUUAUCCCUGACUGAUUGGGUGUCAUCGUCUUCUUUAGACACAGUUAUCUUGACUCUUGAGAUAAUUCUACAAGGAGUUGAUUAUUUCGAUGGUGUUAAGGCCGAAGCACUUGUAGAAAAGGUUGUUAACCUGCCUAAUAACAACACAGUCUGUCGUAGUAUAAGAAUCGAUAUCCUAAAUGCAUUUUAUAAGAGGUUUUACCAAGGGCAGGAUAAUAGAAGUGCGAUUAUUAUGAAUAUGGUUAAGGAACCUUUGAUAAAUGCUUUUGUUGAGGUUGAACAGGAGAUACGCAACAAAGUUUAUGCAUUUUGGACUGGAGAGGAUAUGUUACCAUCAAGUUUGGAAGAGAAAUUGUUGUAUCUCUUGGAGAAUUUGUAUGACAAAGCAAAUGAAGAACUAUUUUUGACGUUCUGUAACUUUUUAAUGUUACAUGACCUUAAAAAUUAUGAUCAACCAAUCUUUCCGGAUGCUUUGUAUAAAUGUGAUUUCCAUGAAUAUGAAGUGAGCUCUCAUUGGAGAUCCAGGAAUUCCGCCAUGAUGCCUUUGUAUACUGCUUCAUCACAGUCUCAAGGCACACAAGGAUUUUAUCUGCGUGCAACGCAAAGUUAUGAGUUUGAACAGACACAACAAUUGGCCACACAAAGACAAUCUUAUACACAAUCUGCAUCUGCGAUGACUUUUGGUAAUAUGCCUGAGUCAACACGUCCUGAUAAUAAUCAAUUUAAAAAUCCUAAUGAUUUGAAUAUUUCUAUACCAAAAGUAAAGAAAUGGAGGUUUUUCAAGAACAAAGCCGAUGUGAGCAGGCAACAUGCUAUUAGAGAAAUCCACAAAGGACAGAAUAUUGAAAAGCAAAAACAUGAUGCGAAAAAAAUGAAAGAAGUACAAGUGAAAAUCUACAGAAAGUAUAGAUCUGGUGAUUUUCCUGAUAUUCAGAUUGGAAUCAAAGCUGUGACGGAUCCGCUGAAAGAAUUGAGUAAAAACGAUGGACAUAUUGCACAAUUACUCUACAAAAGUCUAUUUGAUGCGAUUAUUGACACUGCGAUUAAUGAAAACUUUCUGGAACAAGGCAAUACAGCAAUCCGUAAUAUUUUAGCUACAAGUGCAAUGUAUGAUCCUGUGUGUAUGGGUGCUUUUCUUCAAAUUGCUCUGGAACACAAACACAAGAUGCGUUUCACACCAGAUUUAAUCAAAACUGUAGCUACUAAAAGUGGUAAUCUUUCCUAUGGCUGUUUACUCCUUGAAGAAUAUUUGAUUAAUCGUGAAGGUAGUGAAAUAGAAGGCAGUACAUUACAUUGGAUAAGACUUGCUGAUUUGUAUAAGAAAAUGGAGGAAUGGGAUGUCGUUCAAGGUAUUUUCGCUAACAAAAUGACAUGUACUGGUAAUUUGUUAAAAGAAAUCAAGAUGGCGAUCAAAUGUGAAUCGGAGAAUUACUGGGACACCGCACGAAAACAUUAUUUACAGCUAAUACAAAAAGAUAGUGAUGUUAAUCGUAAAGAUUUCUAUUAUGAAUCGUACUUUAAAUGCUCGGAGGAGUUGUCUGAUUGGCAAGAGAUUGAAAAACGCUGCGCACAAACUACAAGAAGUAAUCCAUUGCUACUUUUUGAUUCAUUAUGGGUUACGGAAUGGAACAAAGAGAUUCUUCUGCCGUAUUAUAUCAAAUCACAAGUGCGUAUGGGAGAUAAUCCAACGAGUAACAAACCUGAGUUUACGACUACGUUAUUUGAAGCGAUGAAAGAUGGCGGCAAGAAAUUACAUCUACGCAAUGAAUUCAGUGAUGAGUUGGCACUUUUAUAUCUUGAUAAAUUACGAAUUAAACUCGCUGGGAGUUCGGCUGAGAAUCACGCAAAGCGGUUUCUGAAGUUGUGGAAAUUUACACAACCUUCUUAUACUUCUAUGCAAAACAAAAUGAUUUUGGCGAUGAAAAACACCGCUGAGAUUUCUGUACUGCUUGAAUUAUAUGACAACAUCGACGGGGAAACUUAUGAACCAAUAAUUGGACAUCUUGAAACACUAUGGACGAAAUCAAAUGUAAAAGAUAGCGUUAUUCCUACACAACAUUUAAUCACCCGAAUUACUUUGAGAGAAUCUUUUGUAAAUCUAACAAAAUUAAAGUUACAAACUUUAUUGUUGGAUGAAGAUGUAGUUGAACGAAUGUCUCAUAAAUUAUCAGCGUUAUCUUUCGGUGCUGAAGUUAAUAUUAUACAGAAAGCUUUACAACAGAAAAAUUUACACCUGGCGAAAUAUUACGCCCGCAAGAAUUGUAAUAGAACUGAUACGAAUGGAUUAGAUCAAUGUAUAUCUUGGUUAUUGUACAGUAAAGUUGUACUAAUGCGAACGGAUUUUCCAAAGGCAUUCAAAGGACAUCACAAGUGCAUUACACAAUUGAGUUUGAUUGACGAGCCUUCUAUUGCUAUCGAUGCAGCGUUACACCUGACUGAUUUAUGUAAAAGUCUUGUAGAUGCAUCGGAAAAGUAUGAAAUUGACUUGGGAUUGUACCGACCUUUUGUUACCACUUGCACAAUAACUAGAUUCACUGAUUUGUUGAGUUAUAGUUUUGAAAACCUGCGUGAUACUUUGUAUGAUGUUGAUCGCCAUGAAAAAGUUAAUGGCGAACAGUUAGCCGAUGCGUUUUUGAACUUGGCAAAUGAAUAUGCUGCUAGAGGCGGCGGAUAUGAGAAUAGAUUUAUUGAGUGUUCACUGAAAAGUAUGAAAUACGGAUCGGAAAAGGCUAGAUUAGUCUUUCCGAAGUUAUUGGCUGUUGAUGGAUUACGAGCUAUUCAUAAAACACAGUUUAUUCAACAGUCUUCAUCUGUACCGAUUUAUAUGUUUAUUUCAUGGAUACCACAAUUGUUGGCUUAUUGCGACACGGAUAAAGUAUCAGUGAUUAAACAUAUUGUGAUAAACCUGGCUAAAGAGUACCCGAAUUCCAUUAUCUACGCUUAUAAACUCAGCAGGGCUAAGUUUACCUAUGAUUUUGAAGAGACUCGUGAUUUGACAAUUGAAUUAGACGAUUUACUGAAUAAUGAAUUGGUGGAUAAAAUGUUAGCGGCGUUGAAAUAUGUUGCUGUGCCUUCUACAAUCAUGAAAACAGCGCUGGAUAAAUUAAAGAAGGCUUGCAAGGAGUCACAGGAGGCUUUUACACAAACUGCUCAAGAAGUUGUUGCUUUGUUUAAUAAUGAAGAUGAUUCCAUGUUGAGAGGAGAAUGUUAUCAACGCGUCAUCGAGUGUAAAGAUGAAUUGCUGUCUAUUAUAAAUUAUUCUCCAUUUGAUGAAGAAACAAUUUUCAAAAAAUUGUGUGAUUUCACAUUGCCAAGUCACCGUUCAAAUGACUUGGGGCAUUAUUCUCUCUGGUUGAAAGAUUUUCAUGCUUCUGAUUACGAACAGGAGAUAGAAGUCCCCGGAUGUUAUACUGGUAAUUGUCGACCAUUACCACAUUACCAUCCAAAGAUAUCCAAGUUUUCCACGGAUGUCAAAGUGUUUCAAUCGUUGCAAAGACCAAUUCGCAUAUCAAUCUACGCGAAUGAUAUAAAAGAAUAUCGAUUCUUGGUUAAAUACGGUGAAGAUCUGCGACAGGAUCAACGUAUCCAGCAGUUGUUUAAACUGAUGAAUGUUGUGUUAUCCGCGGAUGUGAAAUGUCGCGAGAGGAAGUUGACGGUGUCGACAUUUGAAGUCAUUCCGUUGACUGCAGAGUUGGGUUUUAUACAGUGGGUUGAUGAGACGGAUAUUUUAAGGAAUGUUAUCACUAAUCGAUCAGGGUAUCCCAGCGUUGAACCGAAUAUACGAAAAUUAAAAGAAACUCAUCGUUCGAGAAUGAAUUUAAGAUUAACUAGUGAUGAAAUACGUGAUUAUUAUAAACAACUUGUUGAUGGUAUACCAUGGGACGCUUUACGAAAAUCACUUUGGAAAAUGGCACCAGAUCCAGAAGCAUUUUUCGCAUUGCGCAUGACUUUUAUCAGGAGUUAUGCAGUGAUGUGUAUAACAAACUGGUUGCUUGGAAUUGGUGAUCGCCACUUGGAUAAUAUCCUACUCAACAUGGACACUGGUAAUGUGAUUGGUAUAGAUUUCGGACGCGCGUUUGGAUCAGCUACACAACAACAACUUAUCCCCGAACUAGUACCAUUCCGUUUGACGCCACAGAUAUUAAAUGUUAUGAUGCCAUUAAAAGAAAAUGGACUCCUACAUCAAGCAAUGGUACAUUCCCUAAGAGUACUACGCGAAAAUUGUGAUAUAUUACUAUCUACAAUGGAUAUAUUCAUUGUGGAACCCACUUUAAAUUGGUUAACGUUCAAUGAAGCAACUUGGAACCCAUCUAUCAUCAUGCAACUAGCCAAGAGUAAAUUUCAAGGAAAGAAUUCAAUCAGUAUUAUGAUAGAAGAAGUCAAAGCAAGACAAAUUGGUUCACUAGAUGAUAAUAACACUUACAUUGAAUGUUUGGAGAACUUGUUGGAUUCAUUCGUUGAUGAUACAGAUGAUGAUGAUCAAAAUGGCGGCCUGAGUGUACAUGGACAAGUCAAAUGUUUAAUUACUCACGCGACUGAUGCAAACUUAUUAGGACGUAUGUUCUACGGCUGGGAUCCAUGGGUGUAAUUGUUGUUUAACUGUAAGUUUGUAUAUUUUUCAAAGAAUUAAUUAUUAGCUGUAAUAAACAUUCGCGAAUAUAAA